AUGAACUUCAACAAUUUCGGAGACAGCCUGCACAUGGCGCUGAAGUCACAAGAAGAGAUCGUACGCAGUGGUAUAAGUUCGGUCCAUGAGGCUAUCAUGACCAUGUCGUCUGUUUCAUCACCGGACACACGUGCCAUGCUCGAUAUGGUCCGCGAUAUCAAGGGUCUUCUGAUAGAUACAUCAUCACGAAAGAACGGCCAUUCAACGGAAAUAGUGGGUGGUUCAGCAUCACCUCAGAGUGACAUAAGUGCCGACGAUGGAUUGACUCAGAGCAUCGAAAGACUAUCUGGCCUGAUACACGAGAAGGAUAGAGCUGUCGACACCUUCGCUGAUGCUGACCCACAAGCCGAGAACAUCAUUCAGGAUCUCCGGGCCAUCCUGGAUUCGGCCUGGAAGCAAGGGCACAUUAUACGCCAGAUCCGCGAUGUGUCAGCAGGUCUCACAAAUAGCACUAUCAACCAGAUAGAAGCCCGUUCAGAACUGCAAAGAUCCGGUCGCGAUUUCGGGCAGCUUGAGCUGGUCGUGAAUCCAAGAAGUCAGUCGGCACAGAAGCGCCCACACGUCAGAAUCACACAUAAAUCGCAUACGCACACCGCGCUCGACAUCCCCCUUAGCACAGUAUCUCACAGGGUGUCCCUUCGGUUGGCUUGGCAUCCAGAUUCAGUUGGAUAUUUCGCUCAUAUCAACGAGUUCAAGUGCGCGGAUGGCUUGCCGCCUUUCCUCCGAGUAUGUAGUAAUGAAGAUAAAGGGUACACCAAGGACGCCCUCGGCGCGCUGCUGGAUUCGGGUGCAGAUAUACAUGCCCGCGAUCAUCAUGGGGAAACAUGCCUGCACCUCUGCCUGUACAACCUGAAUGUGACAUAUAGUGCAGCCUCAAACGGAGGGGACUACAGUGCGAUCAAAUUUCUUGUUGAAAAAGGGGCUGAUGUCAACGCCCGCAAUGCGGCGGACGAACACCCUCGGAUAUUGUCUAUACAGUAG